CAUCGCUCGGUGAUUAUAAGUAUGUACACUUGCUUCCUUUAUUGAUCACAUGUGGAGCGACAUUGAUACAAAUGCAGAUAUAACAGCAUGCUUUAGCAUUGCAACUUUUCGAAAGUUUUGAUCCUUUUCUAAGUUGACAAUAUGAAAUUUGUUUUGUUGUUUGCGAGUAUUAUCUGUAUAGUUGAUUCAUCAUCUCUUUCAUGUGGACCUGAUGGAUUAUGCCAGUGUGAACAUAUAGAUGUUAUGGAUUGUUCCGAAAACAAACAGUUACCAUUACGGAACGUAUGCGACUAUAUGGAUGACAGUAAAGAUGUCAACAUUACUAUUUUGCACCUGGAACAAAAUGGAUACAAAUAUAUUCGGACAGAAGACAUUAAAGGUUGUAAGUCAUUGAAAACCCUGUUUCUAAAAUUAAACGAAAUAAGCUAUAUCGAAGAUGUUUCUUUGACAAAGUUUGAUAAUCUAAAGACGCUUGAUAUGAGCUUUAACCAGCUUGAUAUUUAUAAUAAAAGAGGGACACUAGCAUUUAAACUUCCGCUGUCUUUAAAAAAGCUUGUGCUGAACGGAAAUCUGAAUGUUACGGACUAUGGCGGUGCUAUGUAUCCGGACCUUUCAAAUCUUUUUAAUGUUGAACAGCUUAUUUUCGACGGACUGAAAGACACAAAUUUUCCUGAAUCUUACAGUGAAAUUCAAUCAUUACGUAGCGUAUCACUAUCGGGUUUGGAUGGAAAUUGUAGUAUUCCUUAUGUUUCAAAUGACACAUUUCAACACCUUACUCAUGUAAGAACAUUGAAUUUGUCGUUUUGUAAUAUACAAAAUGUAACAGCUGGAGCUUUUGAAAAACUGAAGAAUUUAGAAGUUUUAGAUCUGUCUCAAAACAUGAAUAUUGGAUUUCGUAAAGCAAUGAAUGUUACAUACAGUUUGCAAUUCACAAAGAUUAAAUCAUUGAAUAUUUCCAAACUUUAUCCAACAUUCGGACUUGGAACUCAAAUAAAAUUACAAGAUUUGUGUUAUCUUUGGAAUACGAACUUAACUGAACUUGUUUUAAAUGAUAAUAGAAUUGAAUUAAUAGACAGAAAUGUUUUAAUAUUGACGCCAAACACUUUGAAGAUCAUACGAGCGGAAGGUAACACGUUUACUUUUGGGCCAUAUUUAUAUCAACUAGGGUGUAUGUCGCAUUUAGAAGAAUUCUAUGGGAAUUUCCAAAGUAUUGUACGUGAUCCACACUUGUAUAUGAAAGAGCCUAAUACAGAUGAGUCCGAAUUAAUUACUAUCAACUUAAAUUGUCCAUAUACUGCACCAGAAGUAUUGAAAAACAUAAGUAAAAUGAAAAGAGGACUUUGUCCAUAUUUGAAGGACAAUAAAAUAAACAUAAACAAGACUUUUCCCACUUUUCCAACAAAAAUGAAAAGACUUGAAUUUUCCAAUUGUGGCAUGCAGUACAAUGCAACUGAUAUUUUAGUCAAACCAGUUCCAUAUAAAAUGGAAUAUAUUGAUGCCUCAGAUAACAUUUUAUACUCAUGGAUUGGACCUUGCGGCCCGUUUCCAAAUGUUAAAUAUCUUAAUUUAUCUCGCAAUUAUUGUUCACACAUUGGACUAAACUUCUUUGAUAGCUUUAAAAAUCUUGAAAAUCUUCAGAUUCAGGAGAACUUUCUAGGUUUAGUUCUCUCAAAUGAAUAUUAUGGACCAGGUAUAUUUGAAAAGUUAUCGAAAGUGAAAGUUAUGAACUUAUCGUCAAACAUUAUUUCCUAUCUACAUCCAACUGUAUUUUCAAACAUGGUGCAUCUGACGAAAUUAGACCUAAGUGUGAACAAUAUUGAGUCUUUAGAUAUUGACGUUGGUUCCUUGAAUAAUUUGAUGCAUUUGAACUUAAAAUUUAACUUUAUCCACUCGGUCCCGUCUCAUCUUAGGGAGAAGCUGGAAUUGAAUUCAAAACGUCUCAACAAGAACUUCACAAUUGACCUCAGUAACAACACUUUAUCAGUUAGUUGUGAUGAAAAGGACUUUUUGGAAUGGAUGGUGAAACAUAGAAUGAAUAUGCUAAAUUUCGAUCAUUACAAGUUUCAUAACAUGUCGGGUCAGCGUGUAAAUGCGGAACGAUUUGUAAGUGAUGUAAUGAAACUUGAUAUGGAUUGUGGGUCAUACAGUUUACCCAUUGUAGCUUGCUCUAUAGGUAUAUCCGUAUACCUGUCAGUUGUUAUUGGUGGUGCGAUAUACAAGAAUAGGUGGAACUUACGAUAUCUUAUGCGCAUGAAUAAGAUCAAGCAUUUUGGUUAUAUCAGACUACAUCAAUACUUUAACGAACCAGAAAGGUUCAUGUAUGAUGCUUUUAUUUCAUAUGCAAAUGAAGAUUUACGUUUUAUUCUUGACGUAAUGAUGCCAAAACUAGAAGGACACGGUUUAAAAUUGUGUUUACAUGAUAAAGACUUUUUACCAGGUAACAAUAUUGCUGACAAUAUUCUACAAGCCAUCGGAGAUAGCAGAAAGACCGUUGCUGUUAUAUCUGAACAGUUUCUAAAAAGCGAAUGGUGUUUGUUUGAGUUCAACAUGGCAAGAAUGGAAAGCAUUUACUCUCGUGGGGGUAAUAGUUGUCUCAUAAUUGUUAUAUUGGAAGACGUCCCAACGCGAAAUAUGUCCAAUGAAAUGUUGGACUGGAUGAGAACCAAUACAUACAUAGAGUACACACAAGAGGAAAAUGGUGAACUGCUGUUUUGGGACAAUUUCCUGCGAGUCUUAAAUGCAUAAUUCAGAAACAAUAAAUGAACGUUUCAGCAUCAAAUGAAUUCGUCCAUAUAUGUAUACCAAUUGUUAACUUAUUCCAAAUUAAUAUGCUUUUAGAAUCAUAUGAUACAAUUUAAUACAUUGUUUUAUUAUAUAUACCUUUUGGUGAUUGCAAGUUUGUGCUGUGCGUGCGUACAUGUGUUUAUUAUGUUUAUUUAUUGUUAUUGUUAAAGCGAUUGUUGCAUGGGUUAGUGAAUAAUUGACAUGAUUUUAUUACUAUUAUACUUAUGUAUUGUAUAUACCUUCAAUAACCAUCAUCUAGCAUAGAUUGAUGCGAAUUUAUAUAAAUAUUCAAGGAUAGUUAAAAUAAGAAAAUCUUUUAUUACACAAAAAUUUUAAGAUAAUCUCAGGCAUUUAUUUUCCAAAGAAAAUGUCUGUUUAAUUAUUUAUGUUCAGAUACAUGUAAUUAUGAUGAAAUAGCCCCGGAUCCGUUACUCAUUUCGUCACAGGGGGAAGAAAAGUAGUUACUUUUAUUCAACAUUGUUUACUCUUCUUGACGCAUGCAUCUUUAAAGCUGUUAUAAAAUGCGGAAGCAUUCAAAUGACUCAUCAAUUUAGCGCCGGAUAUGCGUUCUAAAAACGUGAUUUCCUAUCCAUUGAAUAUCGAAAUGAAUUACCCGUUGUUCAUCAUUUCUUCUUUGUUGUGCUCUCAUAGCUAAACAAUUGCUCAGUGACCAUCUGUAACGCUGUAUCAGUGACAUGGUUUAGUGCAGAGAAUGUUAGGCUAGGUUUAAAUGUUGUUGGCGACAUAGACAGAACCUGCAUUAUUUUGAAAGUUGCUUUUACUCCUUAAUUAUACAUUUAGUUUUUAUUGUUGCAUCUUUUUAGAUUUUUAUAAUCUAAAACAGUAUAGCAUUUCUCCGUUUUUACGUUUAACAAUGCGAUUUUUUUGUAUCGGGGACAUUUAGAUUAUUAUAACCUAGAUCUGGCUAAUUUGUAAUGUUUAGAGAAAAAACACUCGGAAAACUUAAAAAAUGUGGAACAAUGAGUAAAUUUACUUUAACGAUUUAAAACAAAUACAAUUUGUUUAUUGGUGACAAGCUCUUAUUAAAAUAGUAGAAUAUUCGCAUCCUGUAUGUGUUUUAUUAUUGAAUUGAUUUAUGUAUUACAUAGAUCUUUGUCAUGGUUUCCACAGCUUUCCACGCUCGACAAGCAAGCACUCCGCGUCAGAUUUCCAAACAAAUGUGCUAAAGUCAGCUUGGCUCUGAAUUCAUGUUAUUUUUAGGAAGAUGUUGAAAAUAAAUUAUCAUUAAAUAUUACAAAGUGAAAAAUGAAAUUAAUUUGAUAUAUUGAUAACGACACUUAAAAUCUACAUAAAUUUGCAGGAAGAAGUCAUAAUAUGCUAAAAUAGAUCUAACUGCGUUAGUACCGUUGAUAAAUACUGCAAAAUCAGUCAAUUAUCGCACAUUAUAUGUAAGACUAGUCAUUACUUGAAUUUUGAUUUUCUUUUCUCAUCAUCUUACUCUUGGCUCAAUGUUCGAUUUUCUUGAAAAUGUUUGGAUCACUUGGAGGCAUUCAGCUUUAAUGUACGAGAUAAUAAUCAAGUAAAAUGGUAAUUAGAUCUAGAGAUAUAUGUAGAUCUAUACGAACUCCUUUUGUAUAAGUGACCAAUUCUAGCCAUUUUUAUUCCAUCGUCUUUAUAAUAAUUAUAUUUCAAAGGCCCAUUAAGCACCCAUUAGAAGAAGAAAAUAUUUCUCAAAAGUGUUAUAUUGUGUGUACUGUAGAAUAUUAGCCUUUAAAACUUAAGUUCGAAUCCAACACAUUGCAGUACAUUUGCUGUUGCAGCUGCAUUUGUUUUUUGUGUCAUGCACCAGAAAUGUUCGUUUUUGUUUGACGUUGCGUGACAUUUAUUAAUAUUUCCCGUAAUGCGUACAUUUUAGGUAUGCAAAUGUUUCAAAUUAACCGCACUUCUUGUAUUUUGCCUUGUUUACCAGAGGCAGGCUGUUUUCUUUUCACUGUCAUGUCACUUUAACAUUAAUGCACAACGCAGAACAUUGAGAAACAUUGUCCAAUAAAAGCCUUCCGGGGGCGGUGUUUGUCAGACAUUCGCUAGAACUGCUUAUCAAAACCAGAAGGUAAGUGUUUGAAAAUUUAUUUAGACAGUGCUUGGAAGUUGAAAGUAGACGACGAUGUGCUAAAGGUAAAUGAUAUAGAAUUUUAUGUUCGUGUUAUAUUUUCUUUUGAGUAAAACUUUUUUCUAGAAUCAUCCAUAA